AUGAUCAACGCCUUUCUCGUCUUCAAUGGCCAGGGACAGCCGCGGCUGACCAAGUUCUACACGCAGCUGGACACGAGCAUCCAACAGCGGCUCAUCGCCGAGAUCUUUGCGCUCGUGGCCAGCCGCGCGGCCGGGUCGUGCAACUUUUUGCCGCUGCCGCCUCUGCUGGCGUCGUCCGGGUCGUCGUCCGGAUCCGGGUCCGAUCUCUCGGAUCGGCCGUCGCUCGUGACCUACCGCCACUACGCGACACUCUACUUUAUCGUCAUCUCGACGGCGACGGAGUCGCCGCUGGCGCUGAUCGACCUGAUCCAGGUGUACGUCGAGUCGCUCGACCGGCUGUUUGAGAACGUGUGCGAGCUCGAUCUCAUCUUCAACUUUGAGUCCAUGCACGCCACGCUCGGCGAGAUGAUCGUCGGCGGCGUCGUCAUCGAGACCAACCUCGACCGCAUCGUGGCCGGCGUGCGGUCGCAAGGGGCCGUGGCCAAGCGGCCGGUCAACAGCAGCACGUCCGGCCUCGGGCGUGGCGGUGGCAACGGCAACAGUAUGUCGGCGCUGGGAGCGGCGCUGGGCACCAACUUUGCAUGGCAUGGACGGUGA